GCUCCUCCCGCUGCCCCGGCGCCUCGGCCACGUCUGAAAGCGGUUCAUUGUCGCUGUCGGCAGCUCGGAGCCGCGGCGGUGGCGGGAGGCGGCGACAAGGAGAUGUUUUUGAGCGGGUUACGCACGCCCCUGCCUGUGGCGGCGGACUAGCGGUGAUACCAGUUGCGGCGGAGCCGAUGUCGCACCGAUAGAGGUGAAGGUGACAUGCUGAUCGGAAGCAUUUGUCAGUAUUUCUUAGCUGCAACAGUUGCUUCAAGUGAGGCACACAGGGCGCACCUCAGUCCAAUCGUCCUCGGACUGUUUGAAUUUGAGGACGCUAUUGUAGCAGUGCCGACAGAGUCUCAACUUUUUUCAUUACUCUUCCUCGGUGAGAAUGGCAAGGAUUCGGAUUCCUAGCACAAUUGUUAUAAUUUUUGUUACAGUUCAGACUGGAUUCUUACUCUUCAUGUAUGCCCGGUACAGUAGCUUCAUGCCUCAGUCUGAGGAGAAACCAUCACAAGUCCACAUACUUAUUCUCUCCUCUUGGCGGUCAGGAUCUUCUUUUGUUGGUCAACUUUUCAGCCAGCACCCCAGUGUCUUCUACCUGAUGGAGCCUGCAUGGCAUGUGUGGGUUACAAUGUACCAGAACAGUGCCAAAGUCUUACACAUGGCAGUGCGGGAUUUAGUCAGGUCGGUCUUUCUGUGUGACAUGUCUGUGUUUGAUGCUUACAUGCCUUGGAAAAGAAACUUAUCCGAUCUUUUCCAGUGGGCAGCAAGUCGGGCUCUGUGUUCAGCUCCUGCUUGUGACUCUUUUCAACGUACCGACAUAACCAGUGAACUGGCAUGCAAGACUCUUUGUGGACGGUAUCCAUUCAGCAAGGUGGAGGAAGCCUGUAAAACUUACAGCCAUGUUGUCAUCAAGGAAGUUAGAUUCUUUGACUUGAAGGUCCUAUACCCCCUCCUCACUGAUCCAUCCCUGAAUCUCAAAAUUAUUCACCUGGUCCGUGACCCCAGGGCAGUUGUUAAGUCACGGGAACAAUCGGUAAAAGCGUUAGCCCGUGACAAUGGAAUUGUCUUGAGUACCAAUGGCACUAAAGUGGAAGAUAGCAAAUACAAAGUAAUGCAAGAGGUUUGUAGAAGUCAUGUUCAGAUUUAUGAAACAGCAACUCUAAAACCACCUAAUUUCCUGAAAGAUCGCUAUUUAAUGGUCCGUUUUGAAGAUCUGGUAAGAGAUCCAUUAUCAGAAAUCUCAGAAAUGUAUAAAUUUGCAGAUCUUAGUUUGACUCCCAGGCUCAAAAGCUGGGUUUAUAAUAUCACUCAUGGACAGGGACCGGGGGAAAAAAAAGAAGCCUUCAAAAUAACAUCCCGAGAUGCAGUUAGUGUUUCACAGGCCUGGAGAAAUGUUCUUUCCUUUCAGAAAGUUAAGAAAAUACAGGAAGUUUGCAAAGGUGCUAUAAACAGUCUUGGUUAUCAGCUAGUGGAUUCAGAAAAAGAACAAAGAGAUCUGACAUUAGAUUUGGUGUUGCCAAGACGACAAAAUCAAUUCAGCUGGUCAUCAUUUAAUCCAAAGCACUGAGACAUUUUUGAGAGAUCUGGGGAGUUGGGGCAGGGUAGUUGUUUGAAUAUUUCUAUACUGCACAGCAUAUAGUAAUUGGAAAAUCCUUGGCUGAUGACUUUAUCUUUUCGUCUGCUCCUUUUCUGUUAAUGUAAGAAGUUUUUUGUUCCCCUGAGUUUUUUACAUAUUAAAAAAAAAAGACAGCAAGAUACUUGGUCAGCCUGUUACUGUGCUGCUCACAGCAUUGUUUUAAGAAUGUAAUUUAAGCACUUUCUAUUAAAAGAUGGAUUCUCAAA